GCCUCCUCGGCCGCCGCGGCCGCCGCUGCCGCGGCCGCCGCCGCCGCGAUGUUGAACCCAGGGCAGCAGCAGCCGUACUUCCCAUCCCCGGCCCCGGGCCAGGCCCCUGGACCGGCUGCAGCAGCCCCAGCUCAGGUACAGGCUGCAGCAGCUGCUGCAGUUAAAGCGCACCAUCAUCAGCACUCACAACAUCCACAGCAGCAACUGGACAUUGAGCCGGACAGACCCAUCGGAUAUGGAGCCUUUGGUGUUGUCUGGUCAGUAACAGAUCCACGAGAUGGAAAGAGAGUUGCACUCAAAAAGAUGCCCAACGUCUUCCAAAAUUUGGUCUCUUGUAAAAGGGUCUUCCGGGAGCUGAAGAUGUUGUGUUUUUUUAAGCAUGACAAUGUACUCUCUGCCCUCGACAUCCUCCAGCCUCCACACAUCGACUAUUUUGAAGAAAUAUAUGUUGUCACUGAGUUGAUGCAGAGUGACCUCCAUAAGAUUAUCGUCUCUCCUCAGCCACUCAGCUCGGAUCAUGUCAAAGUUUUUCUUUACCAGAUUUUAAGAGGUCUGAAAUAUCUACAUUCUGCUGGCAUUUUACAUCGAGACAUUAAACCAGGGAACCUACUCGUGAACAGCAACUGUGUCCUUAAGAUUUGUGAUUUUGGAUUGGCCAGGGUGGAAGAGUUAGACGAAUCCCGGCACAUGACUCAGGAAGUUGUCACUCAGUAUUACCGCGCUCCGGAGAUCCUGAUGGGCAGCCGGCACUACAGCAAUGCCAUCGACAUCUGGUCUGUUGGCUGCAUCUUUGCAGAGCUGCUUGGCAGAAGGAUAUUGUUCCAGGCACAGAGUCCCAUCCAGCAGCUGGAUCUGAUCACAGACCUGCUGGGCACACCGUCGCUGGAGGCGAUGAGGACGGCUUGUGAAGGCGCCAAGGCACACAUACUCAGGGGUCCUCAUAAACAGCCAUCCCUUCCUGUCCUGUAUACACUCUCCAGUCAAGCUACACAUGAAGCAGUUCAUCUCCUUUGCAGGAUGUUGGUCUUUGAUCCAUCCAAAAGGAUAUCUGCUAAGGAUGCCUUAGCUCACCCCUACCUGGACGAGGGGCGGUUGCGGUACCACACCUGUAUGUGCAAAUGUUGUUUCUCCACUUCGACUGGCAGAGUUUAUACCAGUGAUUUUGAACCCAUCACUAAUCCCAAAUUCGAUGACACUUUUGAGAAGAACCUCAGUUCUGUUCGGCAGGUUAAAGAAAUAAUUCAUCAGUUCAUUUUGGAACAGCAGAAAGGAAACAGAGUGCCUCUCUGCAUCAACCCUCAGUCUGCUGCUUUUAAGAGCUUUAUUAGGUAA